UAGCGGGUUUGUGGUAAGUGAAGUGUAGUGUUGUGUUCCUCCGUAUUUUUCACGAUUCUCAUGUGGAUUAUUCCUUAAAAUACACAGAUGCAAACUACAAUGUGUUUUCAUUUUUAAUACGAUAUCCCAAACAAUGGGAUAUGAAUUGUGUCUUCAAAAGUUUCCAACCAGCUGAUUGAUAGGCCCAGGUCUCAUAUUAAUUUUAUUAAUUUGGAAGGCAAAAUGAAUGAACCACCACCUCGUCAUGAGCCUCGCAUCGAGCCUGUCAAUGGUAUCGUCCAACCGCCGGUGCAACCACCAGCUGACAGGCCGGGUCGCGUCACCAAUCAACUACAGUUUCUGCAGAAGACUGUCCUAAAGGCAGUAUGGAAGCACCAGUUUGCUUGGCCCUUCCAACAGCCAGUUGAUGCGAAGAAACUGAAUUUGCCUGACUACCACAAAAUAAUAAAUCAACCUAUGGACCUGGGAACAAUUAAGAAACGGCUAGAUAACAACUAUUAUUACUCAGGCAAAGAAUGCAUCCAAGAUUUCAACACCAUGUUUACGAACUGUUAUGUUUACAAUAAACCCGGCGAGGAUGUCGUUGUUAUGGCGCAAACGUUAGAGAAAGUGUUCCUUACAAAAGUGGCGGACAUGCCGAAGGAGGAGUUUCCUGUGGAUCAGCCCGCCAAGGGGACGAAGGGUAAGAAGGGCCGAACCGCUGGCACUACCACCGGGACGGUGCCCAGUGCAGGCAGAGGCAGGCCUCCGGCAGCCGUUUCCUCCACUGUUGCUACCCCCGUGGCCACCACGACAGGUUCCUCUGGUCUACCCCUAGGCACGCAAGCGCCGGCCACGGUACCCGGCAGCACGGCAACGACCACAAUUGCGCCGGCGACCACCCACAGCUCUCUGCCCUCUCAGCCACUUGCGCCCUCCGCAAAUUUCCACACACCGCCCCCCAUCGUUAACUCCCUGGAUUCGAAUGUCACCCCUGUGCUGCCCAGUAACGUCGUACCGCCAUCUCAGCCUACUAAGGUUGUCAGGAAAGGAGUUAAGAGAAAGGCAGACACGACCACUCCUACUGCCACCGCGUACGACUACGCCCCGCCGUUGGAUUCCAAGUCGGCGAAGAUAUCCACCCGCAGGGAGUCGGGUAGGCAGAUCAAGAAACCCGUGAGGCCUGAGCUGGAUGGGCACGUGCAACAACCGGCCUCGCACAAGCCUAAAGAGAAACUAUCGGAGUCCUUGAAAGCGUGCAAUGAGAUUUUAGCGGAAUUGUUUUCGAAAAAGCAUUCGAGUUAUGCCUGGCCGUUUUACCAGCCCGUGGAUGCGGAACUGCUCGGCCUGCACGACUACCACGACAUAAUUAAGAAACCCAUGGAUUUCGGGACCGUCAAACAAAAAAUGGACAACAGAGAGUACCGUACUCCCCAAGACUUUGCUGGCGACGUUAGACUGAUUUUUACAAAUUGUUACAAGUAUAACCCGUCUGAUCACGACGUGGUUGCGAUGGCAAGGAAGCUACAGGACGUAUUUGAGGUUAAAUUUGCAAAGAUCCCCGACGAACCGGUCAACAGGAUAGGAGGGCCAGUGACGAGUUUAGCUUCAAAGUCCGAAUCGAGUUCUUCGGGGUCUAGUUCGGAAUCUUCCAGUGAUACAGAGGAUUCCGAGGAGGAAAAGAGGAACAAACAGCUGAAAUUAUUAGAAAAAGAACUGACGGCAAUGCAGGAGAAGAUGCGUAAGCUGGUGGAGGAGAGCUCCAGGAAAAAGAAGGAGAAGAAGAAGAACAAGAUAAAAACCAAGAAAUCGACAUCGUCCUCAUUACCGAACAGCAGUAGUGGUAUGGGUAAGCCAGGGGCGCACGGGGCCCUCAACAAGCCGAACUCGGUAGUAGACAGCGUUGACGACAGCAUCGCCAGUGUUGUGUCUGGGGCUGAUCUCAAGAUUGGCGGUGACGCGCACCACCCGACAGCCAACAAGUCCCUCAACAUGCACCACAACUUGGCAGCUGGCGGCAACGCUUCUGCCCAAGCUAAAACGCCUAAGAGUAAAGGUUUACGAGGACCGAAGCCAGCUCCUGCACCUAACGCAGCUUCCAAACGAGUGAAGACAAACAAUAAGACUGGCGCUGGUAGAAAAAAGUCUGCGGCGCAACCUCUGGCGAUGCCAUUCGACUCCGAGGAUGAGGACAACGCUAAACCCAUGUCUUACGAUGAGAAGCGUCAGUUGUCAUUGGACAUAAACAAACUGCCAGGCGACAAACUGGGAAGGGUUGUACAUAUAAUUCAGUCGAGGGAACCAUCGCUGAGAGAUUCCAAUCCGGACGAAAUCGAAAUAGAUUUCGAGACGUUGAAACCGUCGACGUUGAGGGAGCUGGAGAGCUACGUCGCAUCCUGUCUACGUAAAAAGCCACGUAAGCCUUACUAUAAAAAAAUUGCUGGGAAAUCCAAGGACGAACAAAUAGCGGAAAAGAAACAGGAGCUCGAGAAAAGACUUCUAGAUGUGAACGAUAAGAUAGGGAACUCGAAAAAGGCUCCUAAAAAAGAGGAUGCGAACAAAGUGGACCCGACUGGUGCAGGUGGGCCCUCCGGGCGGAUGUCCUCGAGUUCGAGCAGUUCGGACACUGACAGCAGCAGUAGCAGCCUGUCGAGCAGCUCGAGCGAUUCCAGCGACAGCGAAGCAGGUGGGACUGCCAACCGACAGCCUAAAAAGAAGGCUACUAAAAAGUCGCCGAAUCCGUCUGUUGGGAACUCUACAUCUACGAACAUACAGAAAUCAUCACAACCAGCACCUGCCGCACCACCAACGACAAACACUAACAGCAUCCCGAGCAGCGCCCCGGCGGCUUCCCCGGUUGUCCCUCCCAUUAGCGUCGCAAGCUUAACGGUGAAACAGCAACUGCCAGCCACCACAGCAGCAUUGCCUGUAACUGCUCGUAAACCAUCUGUUACCUCUGAAAAACCUCCCGGAAUAUCUCCCUUGCCUGUACAAACUGUCACUCCCACUACCGUCCCACAAGCCCCCAAACCAGUGGCCAUACCCACCCCCUCACCGGACAAGCCCAAACCUCACAUUAUAUCGCCUAUCAGUACUUACACGGAUCCUCUAGAGCAGUCCCUCGCGAGUUUAGAGCACGAUAUCAAGCAGAGCGAUUCAAUUGACGCUAUUACCGCGUCUACCAUGAUGCAAAUGCCUACGACGCUUAGCAACCCUGUCAUUGCCCAUCCGCACCCCCAUCCGGCUAUAAACUUGAACCCUAACCUAAACCACCCCAUUUUGCAGCCCAGUACGAUGGGUAUGGACCUUAAAGCACCGGUCACGAUUAGUGGUUUGAUGCCGACAAAUUCCAUGAUGCACCAGGGAAUCCACAAUUCGUUAGAACCGGACUUGCAGAAUAUGAUGCAGACGCAUUCCAACCCGCAUUCGAAUAUUAUGCACACGCAGAACAACGGCUUUGGAAUGAAACACGAUUUCGAGAUGGGUACUAACAACAAUGGCAUAUCUUCGAUGGGGCUGUCCAUGGAGUUGUCCAUACCGUCGAUGUUCGAUCCAUUACCUCCCCAUUUGAAUAACCAAGUCAUGAAGACGGAACCUUCACAGAUAAAGAUGGAAGAUCGGAUGGACCCCAUGAACAACAUGAUGAAUGAUAAGAAGCCGCCCAUAGAACAAAAAUCCCAUUCGCAAGUCUUUGCUAACUUCAAGUCUAGCAAGCAGGAACACAACGUGAAGAACGCCAGCUCUUGGUGUAGUCUGGCGAAAGGAAAAUCGCCGCAGAAUAGCACUCCCGGUGGUAGCAGUAAGCAGCAGGUAAUGGAUAGCUUUAAACAAUUCCAGAAUAAGGCCAAGGAGAAGGCGGACCGAGAGAAGCAACGUUUGGAGAACUUAGAACUCAAGAGGCAACAAAGGGAACAAGCAGAGAAAGAAAGAUUGAGGGCCGAGAAUGAGAGGAGGCGGGAACGAGAGGAGGAAGACGCCCUUGAGAAAGCAAGAAAAUCCGUGGCCGAGCAGCAACAGCCUCUACCAGCUCAGAGGGUGGAAGAACUGCGGUCUUCCCCAGGAGAAGGUAGCACAUCGCCUGGUUCUUUGAGUUCAGGUUCGGAGAGAAUAUCAGAAAGGGAGCGUCAAAGGUUACAAGAGCAGGAAAGGAGAAGGAGAGAAGUGAUGGCUAAUAAAAUAGACAUGAACAUGCAAAGUGAUUUAAUGGCUGCCUUCGAGGGAUCAUUAUAAUAAAGCGUUUUAUAUGUGUGUGCGUGCGACAAAAAAACUUGGAGGAAAAUUUGUGUAAUUAAUGUAUUUAUACGAUAAUUUCAUCAGGUGUUACUACAUUUAGACGCUCAAGACUUUAAAUAUGCUUCCAAGAUGAGUUUUGCUUUAAAUCAUUUAUGGUAUGAUUUUGUACGGCAUGACUCAUGUUUUUAACUAUUUUUUUGUAUAAGUUAGUAAAUUUUUCACGUAGUGUGUAUAUAGAAUAAUAUAAAUUUAUUAUACUGUACAGAAAUGUUGGGUUGAUUUUAGGUAAGUUUCUUCAUAACUACGAACUGUGUUAGCAUUUUGAAACGACAGUACACUUCUGCUUUCGUUUAUCUUGGUCCGUGCUUACCCCGAAGAUGUUUCUAAUUUGAUUUUGGAUAAUGGUAUUUAAUAAUUUCUUAUGAUACUCAUAAUUUAGUUAGUUUUUAUUUGAAGGAGCUGUACCGUGUCGUUUUUCACCUUAAAUGCUAAUGUGUUUAGGUAGAGUACUUCCUUAUUGACAAGUACCGGAUUAUUUGAAUGUACUGUAAAUUUGAUUACUUUAAACAGACUGCCUUAAUUGGGGUGAACAGGGUGGCCAAGGAUUUUCAUAAAAAAAUAAAAUAAAACUGAAAUUAGUUGACUAUAAAAUAGAUGCAAUUUUAGUAAUAACCCUAUUAAUUUAUUGUUAUGAAGUGUAUUGAUUGUGAAAAAGUCGGUGUUAAACGAUGUAAUUUGAAUAAUUUUUAAAAUAUAACACAAUAAAGGAAUGAGUUAAAAGUUUUUUUUACAAAAAUCGUUAAUGCAACUACGUUUUUAUUGUAGUCAUGACCACAAUUUUUAACGAUCAAGUGUGUAUCUAAAAUUUAGAUAAUUUUGUAGUAAUUGAUAAUAACAGAUGUUUAUACUUAUAGUUAGAUUUGAAAAUGUAUAUGGAUAUACUUAAAAAAAAAAUAGGGUGUUGUGGGCAUAAUUGGUAGUUGUGGUAAUUUUCAUACAAAUCCUACGAAGUUAAUAUAUUUUUUUCUACUAUAAUUAUAUGUGCCAGGAAAUGUUAUAAAACUCACACUUAUGUUAUUACUUAAUCGUUUUAGUAAUUUUUGAGUUAUUCUUAAAUUUUACAACCUAUAAAUGAAUAUUUUGAAAAGUACCACAACUACCGAGUUUGCCUUGUGGGAAAAUCUAAAAAAAUAAAAUAUUCCCAUAACGGCGGUAAAUUCAGUUUGUUUAUUUCUUUGAAAAAUAUUUGUAAUAUUUUGAAAUAGUUUUUAAUCAUCACAUAUUUUUUUACGGGGUGUUUCAGAUUUAAUUGGCCAAAUUUAAAACAUGAAUUCAGAUGAUCAAAAUAGGAAAUAUCUGGAAACACUUUAUUUUUGAGAUAGUGUGUUGAAAUUUGAAAACGAUUUUUUUUUAGUUUUCAUAUGAUUUGACUUAGAUUAUCAAAACUUGAGCUGAUAUAAAGUAAAUCGACCAAUGGCAGAGAUAUUUGUUGUCACUAGGAAUUCCAAAAAUUCAAUUCCACUGGGUAUUUCGGAAAUUUGCUUGCUGCUUGUAACUGCUAGUAGUAUUUCGAAGAUAAAAAUCUUCCAUUUUAUUCGAAAAACAGAUUAUUUUUGUGUUAUUUUUUAAAACUUACAGGAUUGCUGCAAUUAACUAAAAUAACUUUAAAAUUCGAUUCUGGACUACUUCAGGAUGUGUUUGAGCAUUGGAUACAAGCGCAGUUUCAAUUUAAUCGACCAAAAUUCAACUACAUUUGCGCCUGAUUGGUUCCUUGUUCUAAAUUAGUCUGAGAUCGCUGCUGCUAAUUGUAUUGUCAGUUAUAAUUCCCAUAUAGAACCAUUGUAAGAUUUUUCGUUAAAAAAUUUAAUUUAACGCUUUUAAAUGUAAUCACGAAUUAUCUGAAGAAAAAAUAUCGCUUUUUUUGCUAUAUAGUACUUAAUUUUAUAUUAUAUUUAAAAAUUAUUUUCUGAAUAUUUUUCUCUUAUUUUGACAAUCCACUUUCAAAUUUCAAUUGGCCAAUUAAUUCUGGAACAUUAUUAAAUUUAGGAAAAUUGUUUCCAUUUUUUCCAAAAUUUCUAAUUUCUUUUGAAGAAACAAGAUUUAACAUUGACUUAAUAAUUACGGUUGUUAAUGAUUGAAUUUACUACUUGUUUCGCAUACGACACUUGUAGACGCAAAGUAUUUUAAUUUUAUUGUAUGCUAGUAGGUUUCUUGACACGUUGCAAAUAAAUUGAAAAACGAGAGAAAAAAAGUGAAAUCAAUUUAGUUAAGUGAUGAAUAAUAAUUUGUAGGUGGUCAUGAGGAAUAUUGUAAGUUUCCCCACUCAUUAGUUAACAUAAAAAAUUAGAAUUGAAUCGAGUACGUUUAAUUAUCAAAUGAAUUUACCAAAUUUGUAAAUUAUUUUUCUUAACUAGCAAUAAGGUAUUUUCAUUAUAAAUACACUAAUAGUACUUUACUUUGUUAUUUCUUUUUAAUGAGCUACGAUAUUUCGCAGAAAAUGUAAAAAUUAUUGUAAAGUAUAUAUAUCGGUGCUGGUCUUAGCGUUCGAUAUAUGAUUGACAUUACCAAAAUAAAUAUCAUGUUACUCUAUCUUAUACAAUUAUACAAAAAUGCAUCAGCAUUUUUCUAAACCUAAAAGUAUAUUUCAAUUAUCUUUUUAUUUAUAAUGAAGUGUAAAAUAAUAAUUUAUAAUGUAUGGCUGUUA